AUGUCUUCUGUUCUGCCCGCAGAUGUUAGCGCCCAACUGGGCCAGCUACUCCAGCAGCUUCAGUCAUCAGACAACAUUGUCCGCUCACAAGCCGAGGAGGUUCUGCAGAAUCAGUGGACAAGCCAGCGGCCAGAAUACCUAUUAAUGGGCUUGGCCGAGCAGAUCAGCAGCUCCCCUGAUGUCUCGGUUCGCACAUUUGCAGCUGUCAUCUUCCGUCGCAUAGCAUCCAAAACUCGCAAAACACCAAGCUCCGAAAAUGUUGACCUCUUCAUCUCCCUGGGAGCCGUGUCUUGCCAGGCCAUCCGCAACGAGCUUCUGAAGACAUUGCUUGCCGAGACAGAUAAGAACGUGCGGAACAAGAUCAGUGACGCGGUUGCCGAGAUUGCCAGACAGUACUACGAUAGCAACGAUUCCUGGCCAGACCUGCUGCAGGUGCUCUUUCAGCUCAGCCAGGCCCCUGAUGCUGGCAAGCGCGAAACCGCCUUCCGAGUGUUCACAACUACCCCCGGCAUUAUUGAGAGACAGCAUGAGGAGCAGGUAGCUGGCGUGUUCGCCCAGGCCUUCAAGGACGAAUCAGUUUCAGUUCGCCUUGCCGCCAUGGAGGCCUUCGCUUCCUUCUUCCGCAACCUCAGCAGGAAGAACCAGGCCAAGUACUUUGGUCUCCUUCCCGAAAUUCUCAACAUUCUGCCACCAAUCAAGCAAGCUCAAGAUUCCGACGACUUGAGCAAAGGUUUGGUGGCCCUCAUCGACCUCGCCGAAAGCUCGCCCAAGAUGUUCAAGCCAAACUUCAGCGGACUCGUCCAGUUCUCCAUCGCCGUGAUCCAAGACAAGGAGCUUAGUGACCUUUGCAGACAGAAUGCAUUGGAGCUCAUGGCUACUUUCGCUGAUUACGCCCCAUCCAUGUGCAGAAAAGAUCCCAAGUACACCGAGGAUAUGAUCACUCAGUGCCUCAGUUUGAUGACCGACAUUGGCGAGGAUGACGAUGAUGCUGCUGAUUGGCUUGGGGCCGACGAUCUUGAAGACCAGGAAAGUGACAACAACCACGUAGCUGGAGAGCACUGCAUGGACCGCUUGGCGAACAAGAUGGGAGGCAUGGUCGUAUUGCAGCCCACCUUUGCCUGGCUCCCACGCAUGAUGCAGUCCCCUGCUUGGAGGGACAGGCACGCGGCUCUCAUGGCCAUUUCUGCCAUCUCGGAAGGCUGUCGCGACCAGAUGAUUGGGGAACUCGAGCAGGUUUUGAAGCUCGUUGUUCCGGCCCUGAAGGACCCCCAUCCUCGUGUCCGAUGGGCCGGGUGCAAUGCUCUGGGCCAGAUGAGCACUGACUUUGCGCCAAAGAUGCAACAGGAAUUUUACGAUGUUGUUCUGACCGCUAUCGUGCCAGUCUUGGACUCGCCCGAGGCUAGAGUCAAGUCGCACGCUGCGGCCGCUUUGGUCAACUUUUGCGAAGAGGCCGAGAAGAGCGUCUUGGAGCCGUACCUGGACGGCCUCCUCACCAAGCUCUAUGAGCUCCUCCAGAACGAGAAGCGGUACGUGCAGGAGCAAGCACUCUCGACCAUCGCCACUAUUGCCGACGCGGCCGAGCAGGCGUUUGCCAGAUAUUACGAUACUCUGAUGCCCAUGUUGGUUAGCGUAUUGCAGCGCGAGAACGACAAGGAGUACCGCCUCCUUCGCGCAAAGGCUAUGGAGUGCGCGACUCUCAUUGCUCUCGCUGUUGGCCAGCAGCGCUUGGGCAACGACGCCACCAUGCUUGUCCAACUUCUCGGAUCCAUCCAGGACAAUGUUACCGAGGCCGAUGACCCUCAGGCCCAGUAUCUUAUGCACUGCUGGGGUAGAAUGUGCCGCGUCAUGGGCAAAAAUUUCCUCCCUUGUCUGCCCAAGGUCAUGCCUCCUCUUCUCGAGAUGGCCAGCGCCAAGGCUGACAUUCAGCUUCUCGACGACGAGGAUCAGGUUGAGAAGUUCCAGCAAGAAGAGGGCUGGGAGCUGGUGCCUCUUCGUGGAAAGACGAUUGGAAUCAGAACUAGCUCGAUGGAGGACAAACAUAUGGCCAUUGAGCUCCUGGUUGUUUACGCCCAGGUUCUUGAGGAUGAGUUUGCGCCCUAUGCCGAUCAGAUCAUGGAGAAGAUCGCUCUCCCCGGCCUGGCAUUCUUCUUCCAUGAUCCUGUCAGAUAUGUUUCUGCCAAGCUCGUGCCACAGCUUCUGAGCUGCGUCCAGAAAGCCUAUGGACCCGCCUCGGACCAGCUCAGGCUUUUGUGGGACAAGACCAUUGACAAGCUCCUUGAAGUUCUUUCCGCUGAGCCCGCUGUCGAUACCUUGGCGGAGAUGUAUCAGUGCUUUUACGAGUCUGUCGAGGUUAUCGGUGGGCCCUGCCUUAGCCCUGAGCGCAUGGGCAAGUUUAUCGAUUCAGUCACUUCUACCCUUGAUGACUACAAGGACCGUGUUGCUCAGCGCGAAGAGGAGCACCGCGCUGGUGGUACUGACGAUGCCGAGGAUGACGCUGAGGAACUCUUGAUGGCCAUCGAGGACGACCAGACUCUUCUCUCGGAUAUGAACAAGGCCUUCCACUGCGUCUUCAAGCACCACGGCGAGAGCUUCCUCCCCUACUUUGAGCGUCUCGCCGACACAUAUCAAGGUUUCCUCAAGUCGGAUGACCCAACGCAGCGUCAAUGGGGCCUUUGCAUUAUGGACGACGUCCUUGAGUACUGCGGUGCCCGCAGUGGCAACUAUGCUCCUAUGAUUAGCGAGGCGCUCGUGCGUGGUUGCCAGGACCCCUCGCCGGCUAUCCGCCAGGCUGCGGCUUAUGGCAUCGGUGUGGCUGCUCGUCAUGGUGGUGAGCAGUGGGCCACGUUCCUGGCCGGAACACUGCAGUACUUGUUCCAGCUCAUGCAGGUCCCUGAUGCGCGGAACGAAGACAAUGUCUACGCCACCGAGAACGCAUGCGCUGCCAUUGCGAAGAUCCUGCACUACAACGCCUCGGCAGUGCCAAACGCCAACCAAAUCAUUGAUCAGUGGAUAAAUUACCUCCCCAUCUGCAACGACGAGGAAGCAGCGCCAUAUGGCUAUCUCUAUCUCGCCGACUUGAUUAGCAAGCAACAUGCUUCCAUCGCCGCGCCCGGGCGGGCCGCACAGAUUUUCGUCUACGUUGCACAGGCUCUCGAGGGAGAGACGCUGAGCGGGCAGAAUGCGGCUCGUGUAGUGGCAGCGACCAAGCUUCUCUUGGAGGGCACCGGCACUGACCCAUCACCACUGCUCUCUCAGUUCUCACCCGAGGCUCAGCAAACCAUCCGCGCCCAUUUCGGUUAG